GGUGCCGGCGCUGCAGUGGCGACAGCGACGCGGUGACAGAAGCGGCUGCAGCGCUGCGGAGCAUCCCGGGCCGCGCCGCCACCUUCAGCAUCCCGCAUCCCCGAACCGCAUCCCCGAACCGCAUCCCCGAACCGCAUCCCCGCAUUGACGCCGCCCCGCAGCCCCGGCUGCCAUCCUUCAGCCUUUGGGUACCGCCCGCUGAAGAACUCCGCAUCCCCGGGCAGCAUCUCUGGGGCCGCCCCGCAUCCUCGGAGCUGCGUUCUUCACCCCCGGGUACCCGAGUGCCAUCCCGCAUCCCGGGAUACCGCCCAGCGCCCGGGCAGCACCCGCAUCCCUGAGGAUCCCGCAUCCCGGGUACCGCCCCGCACCCCGGAGCAGAACCCCGGCAGGACCCCGCAUCGUCGGGGAUCGCUCCGCACCCCGCAUCUCUGACCGGGAUCCCACGGGAUCCCGCACCCUCAGGUGCACCCCCUCCUCCCCUCCGGUCCCUCUGGGUACCGCCCGCACCCUCGUGGGGCCACCCGCACCUUUCCGUCUCUCCCGCACCCCCCCCCCGCCCCCCGGCAUGGCGGAGCCCGGCGCCGAGUGCAGCAUUAAGGUGCUGUGCCGCUUUCGGCCCCUGAACCAGGCGGAGAUCCUGCGGGGGGAUCGCUUCCUGCCCGUCUUCCAGGGCGAUGACAGCGUGGUGGUGGGGGGCAAACCCUACGUCUUCGACCGCGUCUUCCCCCCCAACACCACGCAGGAGCAGGUGUACCGCGCCUGCGCCAUGCAGAUCGUCAAGGAUGUGCUGGCGGGGUACAACGGCACCAUCUUCGCCUACGGGCAGACAUCGUCGGGGAAAACCCACACGAUGGAGGGGAAGCUGCAUGACCCCCAGCAGAUGGGCAUCAUCCCCCGCAUCGCUCAGGACAUCUUCAACCACAUCUACGCCAUGGAUGAGAACCUCGAGUUCCACAUCAAGGUUUCCUACUUUGAAAUUUAUCUGGAUAAGAUCCGGGAUCUGCUGGACAUGACCAAGACCAACCUGUCGGUGCACGAGGACAAGAACCGCGUCCCCUACGUCAAGGGCUGCACGGAGCGCUUUGUCUCCAGCCCCGAAGAGAUCCUGGAUGUCAUCGACGAGGGGAAGUCCAACCGGCACGUGGCCGUCACCAACAUGAACGAGCACAGCUCCCGCAGCCACAGCAUCUUCCUCAUCAACAUCAAGCAGGAGAACGUGGAGACGGAGCAGAAGCUCAGCGGGAAGCUCUACCUGGUUGACCUGGCUGGGAGCGAGAAGGUCAGCAAGACGGGCGCGGAGGGCGCAGUGCUGGACGAGGCCAAGAACAUCAACAAGUCACUAUCGGCGCUGGGCAACGUCAUCUCAGCGCUGGCGGAGGGCACAAAGGCGUACGUGCCGUACCGGGACAGCAAGAUGACGCGCAUCCUGCAGGACUCGCUGGGGGGGAACUGCCGCACCACCAUGUUCAUCUGCUGCUCCCCCUCCAGCUACAACGACGCCGAGACCAAAUCCACGCUUAUGUUCGGGCAGCGGGCAAAGACCAUCAAGAACAGCGCGUCCGUCAACCUGGAGCUGACGGCGGAGCAGUGGAAGAAGAAGUACGAGAAGGAGAAGGAGAAGAACAAAGCGCUGAAGGAAACCAUCGCCCGCCUGGAAGCGGAGCUGAGCCGAUGGCGCAGCGGGGAGGCCGUGCCUGAAACGGAGCAGCUGAGCGGGACGGAGACGGAGACGGAGAGCGGAGGGGGAGAGGGGCCCGACAACGGCAACAGCUCCUCCAUCGUCAUCCACAUCUCCGAGGAGGAGCGGCACAAAUACGAGGAGGAGAUCCGUAAGCUGUACAAGCAGCUGGACGAUAAGGACGAUGAGAUCAACCAGCAGAGCCAGCUGAUGGAGAAGCUGAAGCAGCAGAUGCUGGACCAGGAGGAGGUGCUGGCGGCGGCGCGGGGCGGCGGCGAGGCGGCGCGGCGGGAGCUGGCGGCUCUGCGUGCGGAGCACGGCGCAGCGCGUGCCGAGGUGGCGGAGGUGCUGGCGGCGCUGGAGGAGUUGGCGCGCAGUUACGACCGGAAGGCGCAGGAGGCCGAAGACACCGGGAGGCACAACCGGCGCCUCGCCGACGAGCUGGCGCGCACCGAGGCGACCACGCUGUCGCUGGAGACGGAGCUGCAGCGCGUGCGGGACCUGGGAGGGCAGCAGCGCAAGCGGGCGGCGGAGGUUCUGAAUGGGCUGAUGAGGGACCUGAGUGAGUUCAGCGUCAUCGUGGGCAACGGGGAGAUCAAACUGCCGGUGGAGGUGAGCGGUGCCAUCGAGGAGGAGUUCGCGGUGGCGCGGCUGUACAUCAGCAAGAUCAAAUCGGAGGUGAAGUCGGUGGUGAAGCGGUGCCGGCAGCUGGAGGGGCUGCAGGUGGAAUGCCACCGCAAGCUGGAGGUGACGGGGCGCGAGCUGUCCUCCUGCCAGCUGCUCAUCUCCCAGCACGAGGCCAAGAUCCGCUCGCUGACUGAGUACAUGCAGAGCGUGGAGGGCAAAAAGCGGCACCUGGAGGAGAGCUACGAUGCGCUGAGCGAGGAGUUGGCGCGGCUGCGGGCACAGGAGACGGCACACGAGGCAGCACGGAAGGAGCGGGAGCACGACGAGCCCCAGGACAACGAUGAGGUCAAGAAGGCUCUGGAGCUGCAGCUGGAAACCCACCGCGAGGCGCAGCACAAACAGCUGACGCGGCUGCGCGACGACAUCAACGAGAAGCAGCGCACGAUCGAUGAGCUGCGCGACCUGACGCAGAAGCUGCAGUUGGAGCUGGAGAAGCUGCGCGCGGAGCACGAGGCGCUGCGGGGCGAGGAGCGCGCCAAGGCUGCGCGGCUGCAGGAGCUGACAUUUCUCUAUGAGCGCCACGAGCAAUCCAAGCAGGACCUCAAGGGGCUGGAGGAGACCGUGGCCCGUGAACUCCAGACCCUCCACAACCUGCGCAAGCUGUUUGUUCAAGACGUCACGACUCGAGUCAAAAAAAGCGCAGAGUUGGAGCCCGAGGACAGUGGGGGGCUGCACUCCCAGAAGCAGAAGAUUUCCUUUCUUGAGAACAACCUGGAGCAGCUUACAAAGGUUCACAAACAGUUGGUGCGUGACAAUGCAGAUCUGCGCUGUGAGCUUCCGAAGUUGGAGAAGCGCCUUCGGGCUACGGCUGCGCGAGUGCAGUCCCUGGAGGGGGCGCUGAGGGAGGCGAAGGAGGGGGCGCUGCAGGAUAAGCGCCGCUAUCAGCGCGAGGUGGAGCGCAUCAAGGAGGCCGUGCGGGCGAAGGGCGGAGCGCGGCGCGGGCACAGCGCGCACAUCGCCAAACCGGUGCGCGCGGGGCAGCAGCCCCCAACGUCCCCCAACGGCCCCCCCGGCCCCGAAGGGCUCAGCUACAGCAACGGCCUCUUCAGGGGGUACCCCUCUGCUCCGGGCUUUGCCAUCAGCUCCAGCGCGCUCCCCAGCAGCCCCCCCGCCGCCUAUCAGCUGAACGUGGAUAACGGGAAUGUGACAGACAUCAACGACAACAGGAGUGACCUCUCCUGCGCCUGUGAGGCCGAGGAGCCCUCCCCACUGCUCCCCCUGCGCCAGGAGACAGCGGCCAGCUAAUGCCCCCCCCGCAGGUCCCACCGGACCCCAUCACCGCUCCGCAUGUCCCGGUGCCACCUCUGUGUCUGUGUGCUCGCCCCCUUCCCCAUCGACCCCCCCCCCGGGACCCUUUUGGGGGGGGCAGUUGGGGGGACAUCACCGGGGCCGGGGGGGGGGGAGGGGGUGGG